ACGAUUAUUAUGAUGAAACUUUUAUUAUUUAAUAUAGACUUUAAAGACAUUUACUUUAGAUAUUUUUCUCCAAGGCGUUAUAGUAUUAUAUGGUAGGCGUCAAGCCUGAGGUAUAUUCGCGGUAUAAAGUUGUUUUCUUGGAUGUUAUCACCCUUUACAAAACGCUUCGAAAAAUAUUUCUAUACGGUACACCAGUCAGGCUAGCACCGGCCAUCGCGUAGGGUGCCGCGCGUCUUUAUUGAAACGGUUAAUGAUGGGUGAGCGUAUCAAACGCGUCGGUGCACCGUUCUACGCCCCUCCAAGGAAGACGUCCGCUGAAAUCAUCAGCGAAGCUCGAGCUGCUAUCACUGCAGCAGACAUGAGUGGUGCGAGCGGGUUAGGCCUUCGCCCUUUACGCACACGCCGGCCGUUUACACCUCGGGAGCCCCAGAGGACUCUACUGUCGGACACGAGACGAGUUGACACACGUCCCACCAGCGGCUUUGAUCUGAAGUAUCAAACGGUUCAAGAGAGUAGCGAGGAUGCGUUUAUGAAUUACCAGGUAUCGGAACAAGAGCACGUCUCAAACGGUGUUCCGUUCGGAGAAAAUCAGCAGCAAAGAAAGAAAACGUUGAAGUCUACGAAAUCUAUUAAAGGCGCCGACGCUUGGAGCGGUUUUCCUAAGCUGCCUCACCUCAGCGGAAAAAGCAAGCCGUUACAUAGAAGGAAUACAAUAGGACAGAACGAUGCAUCCGAUUCAAGUAAGGAGCUGGCUCAAUCUAUAUCAGUUACACGUCCUUUAUCUGUUAGUAACGGUCCACUCUCGUAUCUCAGAUCGUUUCACGAAAAAAGUCAAUUUUGCAGUACAGAUAGCUCUAGCAGAAGUAAAACUUUGGGUGAGAAGUCGGUAUCUUACGACGAGGGUACCCUGGGCGAGGUGUCCGUGAGACACCUCGAUGUACAGCUUCUUGUCACCAGCGAGGAUUGUCACAACAUGACAGCCUUAGAGAUAUCAGAGGCGCUGACCCAGAAGAAUCAGAGCGUUGAUCGCGUGCUGUUUCUACUGGACGCUCUCCAAAAGACCGUCGAGGAGACCAGCCCCGGGGACAGUCUCCGCGAGCUGGUGCUCCGAGCACUGCUCUCUCGAACUCGUGAUGAUAGUGAGAGGGUCCUCGUCAAGGUCGCCAGAGUCAUGCUGACGAUGCGUGUCACUGGAGCGUAUUUGACUGCUGCUAGCAAACUUGUCUUCAAAAUCGCCAGCAACGAUAAGAAUGAUAGUGUCUUCAAGAAUGGGAAUCUUCUCGAACUGAUCGUGGAGUCGUGUGCACGCGCGUGUCCCCUGUCUGAGAGCUCGAGUGUGUUGCACGCAAUGGGUGCUCUGCGAGUGUUGGCGCUGGAGCCUUCCCUGGCGGCCCGCAGCCGGACGGCCGGGGCUCUACACCUCGCCGUCCUGCAUCUCAAAAUCAUUAAUAACGCAAAAGCUGAACGUCCGAGGCAAGUGACGGAGGAGACGACGCACGCGCUGUACCAGUUGACUGGAGCUCUGAGGAACCUCGCUGGCAGCGGGUGGCAGGAGAGGGAGGGGGAGGAGGAGCGGAGCGGGGAGGGGGACGCGGGGAGGGAGUUCGCCAGCAGCGGAGCCAUAGGAGAGCUCAUCAACGCCUUGACAUUACAUACAGAUCGAGAUGUACUCACUAACGUUGCGAGGUGUCUAAGCGUGUUGUCAUCAUGGCAGUCUUGUUUGAACGCCUUGUGUUCCUGUCCGGGAGCGUCUCGUGCCUUGCUAACAGCACUGGGAGCGUGCGCCGCGAGGGCAGCGCUGGCUGUGAGACUCGCCUACACGUUGGGCAACAUGGCCGCCCACUGCGAUCAGGCUAGGAUAGACAUAUACAGCGAGAAGGGCAGCAUCGAUGUACUGUUGACUAUACUGGAGUCGUACACUCAACGUAACGACAACGACACGAGAGACCACGACAACGAUCCGGACUUACAUCUAAUAGGUUCCGAUCUCGGCGGAUCGGACGGCUCAAACGAGGACGUCCUCAUAAAGACAGUUCGAGUGGUCGCGAAUCUCUGUCUGACGGAGGAAACAGGCCGCGGGCUGGUGGAACACGCCGAUAGAACUGUGAGGGCGAUGCUGAGCUGUCUGGAGGUGGCGGCCAGGGUUGGGGGGAAGGAACUAACAGAUGCAGAGCGGAGGUCCAGCGAGGAACGUCGCGAGGAACUGGCGACGGCCGCACUGGCCACCAUCAACAACAUCACCUUCUACUUUGAGCCUACAGACUCCACACACUUUGAUACGUUGGACCACUUGGUUAAAGUAACAUGUGGCUGGUUGUCUCACGGUGGGCUCCCGACACACGAGGCGGUCCGAGCGCUCGGUAACCUCACCCGGUGUGAUCGCGCCGCUCGUGCCGCCGUCCUGUACGGGGCCUUAGACGCUUUACCAUCUUUACACGCUCACGACGACGAGGAGGUUCGCAGCGCGUCCGCUGGUGUUUUGGUGAACGUGUGCGGUGUGAGCGUGGGCGGCGGAGUGCAGGAAGCCGGGGGCGCGGCCGCUAGGGCUCUGGCCGCGGCUGCGAGGAUGAAGGACGUCCGCUCGGGGGCGCUGCUGGCGCGAGCCGUGUGGAACGCUCUCGAACAACGGCCGUUGGACCUCCACAACGCUAGGAUGGCGGCCGCGGCGCUAGCGACCUUCAUAGAAGACGAGUCAUUGUUCGCUAUGUGUGAAGCCGCAAAGUGCGAGGAGCGACGCGCAAGCGACCCAGAUAUAAUGAAAAACCACAGUGUUAAAUUGGGUUUGGAAGGUCGAGGCUACCACCGGGAGCAUGUUGAAUCGAAAUUUUCUUUGAGCGUGGAAGAAGACUUGCACCUGGAAGAGGAGUUUGAAGAAGAAGGGGAAAGAUGGUCAGGCUCGGACCUGGGUUUCGAGGAGGGCAGUCCGGAGCCCUGCUCGUGCGGACGCUGCGCCCGCGGCAGCUCAUGGAGGGCCCUCGCCGACGUGGCGCUGCCGUUGCUGCAAAGACUGCUGCCAGCACGACGAGAUGCAGCAGUCGGCACAGAUUAAUAAUAAAAAAUAAAUGUGUAUACGAUGUAUGUUGUUAUAUAUUAUAUGUAUAAUUGUUCGAUUUUACUUUAAUCCUUGCUGGACGGAAACGUUCAUUUCUAAAUUUAAAAAAUAAAAAAAAUAAUUAUCUCAAA